UGUAUUGUUUUCUGAAUUUGCAUAUUUUCCGGUCUCAAACGAAGGUCAAUUGAUCGGUAAGAGAGAUUUGGGGAAAAAAGUGAUUGUGGGACGAGUAGGUGCUGGGACAUUAAUGUAUGUUGGUCCAGUAGAAGGUAAAACAGGUAUAUUUUGUGGUAUAGAAUUGGAUCGUCCGGAAGGGAAGCAUGAUGGUACCUAUCAAGGUGUCGCAUAUUUUCACUGUGCUCCACGACAUGGCAUAUUUGCGCCUUCCUAUAAAGUGGAAUUGUUACAACAGGUGACAGUUCCACCAAAACGACAAGAAAAGUUAAUACGAUCAGCAAUUCCUGCAAUUGCUGGUGGUAAUAUGGAAAUGUUAACAAUAGGAGAUGGAACAACACGAUCAACAACGAUGCAAUCGAUGGAUGUUAGUAUGACCUCUGUUAGUUCAUUGGGAUCAUUGGGAUCAUCGUCUAUUCUCGAUCGUUCAAUGGUUAAUUUUGUUAAUUUUAUAAUUUAA